UCUUAGCAUUUACAUAUAUGUAUUUAUAGACAUUACAGCAUAGUUACAUAAUAAAAUUUUCAAUCAAGAAUUCUUAGUGUUACUCAUACAUAGACAAAACUCCGAAAUCAAAGUCCGAACUGUGGCACACUACCGUUCAAGAAAAACUAUACAUAUAUACAACUAGAAGAUGACGUCAGAUAUAGAUGAAGAUAUUCAACCUAUAAAUGGACCUGAAAAGGGUCAAAAUAUAAUCAAUGAAGAUACAGAGUUAUUACUUCCUAAGAAAAGUAAUGCUUCAACUGUUAAAACUCAUGAAAGUUAUGGUGCAUAUGAAGAAAUAACAUCUUCAAAUGAUGAACCCGAUGAUUUAGAACCGGAUGUUUUACAAUUACCAAAAGUAAUUAGAGAAAUUGUUCCAUUACAUGAUGAUCCCACAAUACCUGUAUUAACAUUUCGAUAUUUUUUAUUAUCAACAUUAUUUAUAAUACCGGGAGCAUUUAUUGAUACUAUGAAUUCAUAUCGUACAACAUCAGCAGCUUAUUCAAUAUUCUUUGUACAAAUUGCAGGUCAUUGGGCUGGUAAAAGACUUGCUAGAAUUCUUCCACAAAAGAAUAUUAAUAUCUUAGGAUUAAAAUUUAAUUUAAAUCCUGGUCCAUGGUCAAUUAAAGAAGCUGCCAUGGUAACUAUUACAGCCAAUAGUGGUGCUACAGGAAAUUUAGCUACUAAUGCUAUUUCAUUAGCUGAAUUACAUUUUAAUGAAACUGUACCUGUUUGGGUAGCUUUAGGAUUUAUGUGGUCAAUUGUAUUUGUAGGAUAUUCAUAUGCAGCUAUAGCUAAGGGUUCAUUAUUAUAUGAUAUAAAUUUAACUUGGCCUCAAGCAUUAAUGCAAACAACAUUACUUCAAUCUCAAGAAAAAUCAGAUGAAGAUUCUCAAGAAGGAACUAAACAAAUGAGAGUAUUCUUUUUAGUAAUUGGUGCUAUUGCUAUUUGGCAAUUAUUUCCUGAAUUCAUUUUCCCAUUAACAUCAUCUUUAGCUAUAUUAUGUUGGAUAGCUCCAUAUAAUCCAACUAUUAAUUUUAUUGGUUCAGGUCUUGGAGGUAUGGGAGUAUUAAAUUUUUCUUUAGAUUGGGCUAAUAUAACAUCUUCAAUAAUGCUUUAUCCUUAUUGGAUUCAAGUGAUUCAAUUUGUUGCAUUUGUAUUAGGAGCUUGGAUAUUAAUUCCAUUAGUUAAAUGGGGUGAUUUAGGGUCAUUUAAAGGAGGAUUAAUGUCUAAUAAACUAUUUUUAAGUGAUGGAACUCUUUAUCCUGUUAAUGAAUUACUUACUCCUGAAUUAACUUUAAAUAUUACCGCCUAUGAACAUUAUGGUCCUGUUCAUCUUGGUGCACAAAGAGCUUGGAAUAUGUUUUUUGAUUAUGCUGCCUAUGUAAGUGGAAUAACUUGGGUUGUUUUAUUUGGAUAUGAUAAAUUUAAAACUGCUUUUAAUAAUUUUAGAAAUAAAAGUCAAAUUAAUAAUGGAGAAUUUACUGAUAGAUUAAAUAAAUUAUAUCGGAAUUAUCCUGAAGUUCCUAACCUGUGGUAUUUAAUAUUAUUUUUAAUUUCAUUUAUUACAUUAAUGACAAUUUUCCUUUCUGGUAAUUUAUUUAUGCCAUGGUGGUGUGGUAUAAUUGGAUUAAUUAUGGGAUCUAUUAUUGUUACUCCAUUAGCCUGGUUAUAUGCAUUAUCAAAUUUUCAAUUAGCUAUUGGAACAUUUAAUGAAUUAGUUUAUGGAUAUAUGAUGCAAAAUGUUAAUCGAAAACAUCCAGCUGGAGCUUUAGUAUUUGGAUCUAUAGCAGGAAAUGCUUGGUAUAGAGCUCAAUAUCAUCUUGAAUCAAUGAGACUUGGAUUUUAUAAUCAUUUACCUCCAAGGGCCGUAUUCUUUUCUCAAUUAUAUGGAGAAUUAAUUGGAGUACCAAUUAAUUAUCUUGCCUUAAGAUGGGUUUUAUCUACUAAACGAGAAUUUCUUAAUGGUAAUAAAAUUGAUCCAUUACAUCAAUGGACUGGUCAAACAAUUACUACUUCUCAUACUAAUGCUAUACAAUAUGUUGUUUUAGGUCCAAGUCGAUUAUUUGAGAAUUAUCCUUUAUUACCUUAUGGAUUUGGAUUAGGAUUAAUUACUCCAAUUAUAUUAUUUAAAUUACAUCAAAGAUAUCCUCAAUUUAAUUUUAAUUUAUGGAAUACUACAGUAUUUUUUUCAAGUAUGAGUAGAUUUUAUGGGAAUAUUUCUACUGGUUAUUUAUCAAGAUUUGUUGGUGGUACAAUUACUAUGUUUUGGGCAUUUAAAUAUAAACAUUCAUUAUGGAAAAAGUAUAAUUAUAUAUUAGCUGCAGCAUUUGAUACCGGUUAUAAUUUGGCAAUUUUAAUAAUUUUUAUUGCAUUUUCAGUAUUGACUAAUACUACUAUGCCUAAUUGGUGGGGGAAUAAUCAACAAAGCAUUGAAAGAUGUUUUGCUUUAUAGACUAUAGACUAUAGAUAGAAAUAAAUAG